GUGUUGCUGGCCUCGGGUGCUGCAGAGCUCUCGGAAGCGGAGCUGAAAGCGACCGCGGCUGCCCUGGGCCGUGGCUACGUUCUCAGCCAGGCGAAGAUCGUGGAGAACGAUGCGUGGAAGUUCAACACUUCUGGUAAGCUCUUGCGCAAUGCUGUGCCGCUGGAUGAUGCUAGCUGCGAAGAGCAGAAGAAAGAUGCCUGGGAUGCAUUCGUGAAAGAGGGCGCCUCUGAGCUUGAGCAAGAGAUUGCAGCCUGCUUGGCUCCGCAGUUGGGCCAGAAUCUGGACAGGUGGGAUUGCAACUCCCACUUCAUGGAAGAGCUUGGGGUGGACUCGGGCGGCUUUGGACGCCUUAUUUCUCAGAUGCGAAUGCGGCCUUCGCUGCGGCAGGUUGACCUUCAGAUGCUCUUCGACCAUCCUACAGUACGAUCGCUGGCCUCCGCACUGGCUCUGUCCAGCAUGGACUCCGACUCCGAAGACGAAGAGGACAGUGGCCUCCCUGAUUCCGAUGCCCUUUUACAGGGUGUCAUGUCCCAUCUCGAGGCCACACCCCAUGCGGUCUGCGCAGAGGCUGGCUGCCAUAGCGUCACCUACCUUCAGCUUUUCAAGCUGGCCGCUUCUUACCAGCAGCUGCUGCAUCAGAACUUGAAGAUGCAGGAGGCAGUGAGGGGGAGAUGCGUGGCCAUCUGCUUGGACGUGCCAGAGAGAAUGGCAGCCGUACUUGCUGUGCUCAGAGAGGGCUGCACAUUUUGCCUGAUGGACCCACGCAGCAGCGGCAGCACCAUCAUGGAGCAGCUCCGCUUGACAAAGCCGGGUCUGCUGCUAGCCACAAAAGCCGACCAUGCAACGUGGAUGCGGCUGGAGGGCCACUGCAGGCUGCUGGCCUCGGAAGUCGGCUGUACGGUGCUGGACGUAAGUGCCUCGGCGGCACCUGCCGGGCGACGACGGUCCCGAAAAGGUUCCGGCCCUUGCUGCAUCGCUUUCGCAGGGAGCGACGGGCUGCGAGCGGAACCGACGUCAGGGGAAGCGCUACUGCAGGCGGUCUUGGGAUGGCAGCAGGAGCUCCAUAUGGACCACACUGGCAGGGUGCUCUCAUGCCUUCAAGCCGGCAGUGUCGGUGGCCUUGCGGCACUCCUCAGCUCGCUACAUGCUGGGGCCACGUUCCUGAGCCCAAGCCCUGAGCUCUUGCAGAAGCUGUGUGUGAGUCGCGCGAACAUCUUGGCCUGCGAGCCCAGCGACCUCGAGACCCUCACGGCCACCUGGUCCCAGGAGAACGGGCACGCACGGCCGCAGCAGCUCUCAGCCGUUUGCGUGCAGGAGCUGACUGGGCAGUUGCCGCCCUUCCAUUGGGCUCCCAGUCAUCUCCGGCUCUUGCACGUCGGCGUGGCCUGGGCCACUGCGUUGCCCAGAAUGGAAGCAAUCGACCUCCGGAGGGGCAGCUCGGCCAUGAGCGCAGCAUCGGCGAGAGCUUGGAAGCCACUCGGGUCCUCGUUCUCUCUCACGUCCUCUUUGGCUGGCUAUGUCCUGGGUCACAGCGAGGAGCAAGAGAAAUCCUUUGGGCCGAACUCCUGGCCAGCGCUUUGUGCCGUGGUUCAGGGUGCUGCGAUUCUUGCCCAGCCUGUGGUUGUGGCAGCGCGUUUGGUCGUGGCUGAGCGGCUGCUGCUGCCACUGUCCUUCUGCAUGCCAUUGUGGAUCUCCUUCCCUGUUCUGUUGGCCUUGCUAUUUGUGGAGCAAUUCGUGCGUGUCGGAGUCCUAGCCCUCUUGAAGUGGCUGCUCAUCGGCCGCUACAAAGAGGGCGAUCACGAUAUUUACAGCUUGAUGUACCUGCGUCACUGGCUCGUGGAACACGUCGCCAAGGGCACGAUAGUAGGACAAAGUGCCCAUCAGGGCAGCAGCAUCGCCUUCUUGCACCUGACGGCGGUGAACUAUGGCACCCGGCGCAUGGUCUUGAGACGCGUGAAGGUCGCGGCGGCCGGCUAUGUGGAGCCGCUUUCCACCGUACACACCAACAUUGUCGUCGACGGCCGCGUCUGCGGCGUCCCAGCACAGCCCGUGGCUGGCCCCGAUGCAUCCCGGUUGCCGACGAAGGAAGAGGCCCGCCGCUUCCGCUGCAAGGCAUCGGCCCUGGCGAUGGGCUACUGGUGUCUCUUGCUUCCAAAAGCAAUGAUGCCCUUCCUGGGCCUACUCUUUUUGCAGCUGCUUUGCGACUAUCCCUUCAACCCGCCUGAACGCAUUGAAGAACGCACGAUGCACGUCGAGCACGCAGACGUCCUACCACCGGAGCUCUUCAGCAUGUUCCAGUGGGUUCCGCUCAUCGCAUUUGGAGCGCCGUGUUUGCAGGUGGCCGCGCUUUCUGUGCAGACCACAUCACUGCAAGCCGAGGUCUCAAUGGUCAACACAAUCGGACAGCUCGCCGGCACAGCGCUGCUGUGCCGAUUGCUGCCAAAGGUGAAGCCUCCAUGCACCUACUCCUUGUUGAGCCUUCGGGCCCAGAUUGCGGCUCUCAAGAUGUCGAUGGUCCUUCAGGCGUCGGAAAUGCUGGCCGAUGCGUCCAUCGUGCCGGCGUUCAUUCGCCUCUGCGGAGCCACUUUCGGCCACGGUUGUGCCAUGGGCCUCCAGGUCACGCUCCCGGAGACCUUGGUGGUCGGCAACCGUUGCUUCUUUGCCACCGGCAACAUCUUGACUAGCGUCGACGUGGACCGCGGAGAGUUCAAGGUGCCCUGUGUCACUUAUAUGAGUGAUCACACCUUCCUUGGCAACCACAACCACCUGCCCCAAGGCCUUCCAGAAGGCAGCUUCUGCGGCGUGGGCACCUGGCUGCCCGAAAGACCCACCGAGCCGCACUACAGCUACUUCGGGAAUCCGGCGAUGAAGUUCAAGCGCCUGAGCAGCCAAGCUGCCGGCAAGACUAACCAAGGCCCAGAGCCCGCCAGUUGCCUGGCACGCUUCUGGCAUCACUUUAGCACCAGCGUCCUGGACGUCUUCCUUUACCGAGGGGUUCAAGGAAUGGUGACCGGCGCUGCCUUCGUGGUGAGCCGGACCAGCGUGCCUGACAUCACCUCCGUUUGGCAGCUCCUCGAGGUCCUGGCUAUCUACUUGGUCUUCUCAUUGGGCUCCUGGUUCAUCUUCUCUGUCUUGCUGGGCAACAUGCUUUUCAACGGCAAGGCACCGCGCAGCAACGCGUACUACUCUACCGCUGUGACGCGAUGGUUCACUGCCCUCACGGCCCAGCAGCGAGUCUUCAAGCUUCCCUUUCAGACGGCUGGCAGCUGUUGGCAAGCUCCGAUCCUGCGGCUGCUGGGUGCCAAGAUUGGUCGGCGGUUCUUCUGCAUGAACGAGCUCGUCCUGGUUGAUGCGCCUUUCACAGACAUCGGAGACGAUGUGACGGUGGACUAUGAUGGCCAGGUGAGGUGUCAUUCAUUCGAGGACUUCCGCCUGAAGUUCACCCACUACAAGAUUGGAAAUGGGGUGACCAUCAUGACCGGGGCCAGUGUUGCGAUGUGCGAUGCCGGAGACGGCUCGACGCUCCGACCCGGAAGCCUGACCUGGAAAGGAAGCAACCUGGUGCCCGGCGGCACCUACGAAGGUGCUCCUGCAGCGGCGGUGGGCGACGUUGAGCAAGGACCGACUCUGCUUCAACGCCGUGCAGUUGCAAGAGACGCGAAGUAA